GCCGCGGAAUUUGAAGUUUCAUUCGUUUCAUUUCGCAACGACUACAUCACACUAAAAUCAUCAUGUCUGGACGUGGUAAAGGAGGCAAGGCCAAGAGCAAGGCCAAGACCCGAUCAAGCCGUGCAGGUCUUCAGUUCCCUGUCGGUCGUGUACACCGUUUCCUCCGCAAGGGAAACUAUGCUGGCCGUGUCGGUGCCGGUGCUCCAGUCUACCUGGCUGCCGUUCUCGAGUACCUGACCGCUGAGAUCCUCGAGCUCGCCGGCAACGCCGCCCGCGACAACAAGAAGAGCAGGAUCAUUCCCCGUCACCUUCAGCUCGCCGUCCGUAACGACGAGGAGCUCAACAAGCUUCUUGGAGGAGUUACCAUCGCACAGGGUGGUGUUCUCCCCAACAUCCAGGCUGUCCUUCUCCCCAAGAAGACCAGCAAAUCUGCUUAAGAAGGGACAUCUCUUUUGAUCAGAUCAAAACGGCUCUUUUCAGAGCCACCACAUCUCCAAGAAAGAAUACAAAUUGACAUCUCAGUUUAAGAUUAUUUUUUUUUAUUCGUACGCCCUUUUCUUCGUUUAAAACAAUUUUAUUAUGUUCUAUUGUCCAAAGAAUAGGCCUAAGUAACGAAAAUUAAUGCUGGGCUUCUCCGGCUAUGCAAGCAGCUCAGUGCUUUAUUUAAUUCCCUUAUGAAGAUAUUUGAGGGGUGCUUAUAAUUCUAUUAAUAUCUUGUCUAUUUUUGAUAAACAAACAGUAAAAUUAAACCUCAAGCCUUGCUAGUAUAUCGUCCUUGUUUGAUAAACACAUUAACCUAGUGAACGAUAAAAAGUGAAUUAUUAUUUGAAAGUUCUGAAAUCUUAUGACGUUUUGUAUAAUUUUCUUUCCAAAAGCCUGUUUAGAUUAUUAUUCAAUUAGUCCUAUAUAGGUUUUGAUAUGCAAUCAGUUUUAACUUUAGUUCUCAA